AUGGUUGGAACACUUAAAAAUAUUACGAAAAGCCUGAAAGAAGUGGCGACAUUCAGCCUAAGCAGAAACUAUGCCACCAAAAGGGUGGAAGCAAAGAAACCCGUUGUCGAGAUGGAUGGUGAUGAGAUGACUAGGAUAAUUUGGGAGAAGAUCAAAGAAUCUCUAAUUUUUCCAUACGUUAAACUAGAAUGUCUUUACUACGAUUUAGGACUUCCACAUCGGGACCAAACUGAUGAUCAAGUGACCAUAGAUGCUGCUCAUGCUAUUUUAAAACACAACGUGGGAAUCAAAUGUGCAACUAUAACUCCAGAUGAACAAAGAGUAGAAGAAUUCAAAUUGAAGAAAAUGUGGCUCUCGCCCAAUGGCACCAUCAGGAAUAUACUAGGUGGCACAGUAUUUAGAGAACCAAUUUUGUGUAAGAACAUUCCAAAAUUAGUACCUGGAUGGACAAACCCCAUAGUUAUUGGUCGUCAUGCCCAUGGUGAUCAAUACAAAGCUCAAGAUUUAGUGAUUGAAAAACCUGGAAAGGUAGAAAUGGUGUAUACAGCCGAUGACGGAGAAGUCAAGAAAAUUCUAGUUUUCCAGUACAAAGCAGGUGGAGUUGCCCUUGCGAUGUACAAUACUGAUGAGAGCAUCCGGUCAUUUGCCCACUCGUCUUUCCAAGUGGCCCUUCAGAAGGGCUGGCCGUUGUAUUUAUCAACAAAGAACACUAUCUUGAAGAAAUACGAUGGCAGGUUCAAAGACAUAUUCCAAGAAAUAUACGAAAAGGAAUACAAACCGCAAUUCGAGGCUAAGAAGAUCUGGUACGAGCAUCGUUUGAUCGACGAUAUGGUCGCUCAAGCGCUGAAAUCCGCCGGCGGUUUCGUGUGGUCCUGCAAAAAUUACGAUGGCGACGUCCAAUCCGACAUCGUCGCUCAAGGCUACGGUUCCCUCGGCAUGAUGAAAUCGGUGCUGAUGUGCCCCGAUGGCAAAACCAUAGAGUCGGAAGCUGCUCACGGAACUGUCACGAGACACUAUCGCCAACAUCAAAAAGGUCAUCAAACAUCGACAAACCCCAUCGCCUCAAUCUUUGCGUGGUCUUGCGGACUGGCCCAUCGCGGAAAACUCGACAACACUCCAGAGUUGAUCAAUUUUGCGAAUCAACUUGAAAAGGCUUGUAUCGACACUGUAGAGUCUGGAAAAUUCACUAAAGAUUUGGCAGCUUCCAUACACGGACUACCGAAUGUGAAAGAAGGCAUGUACUUAAACACCCAAGACUUUUUAGAUGCGAUUUCUGAACAACUGAAGAGAACUGUGUGA